AACUACCCCGAGAGCGCGUGGGGUGUCCGGCCUCGGCGCCGAGGCGAACCGAACGCGUCCGAAGUGAGCGCAGUGCCCGAUACGCCAGGUCCCGCACGGCACGACUAGGCGCACCGUCCGGCACAGUCCACUCAGAGAUACGACCCAUGCUGGACUAUCGUCGCUCUGGUCCACGCCGGCAUCAGGCAUCCAGCAUCCGCGCGUCAGCCCACACGCCGAGACUACUACCUCGUCUCGGGCAGAAGCUCGAGGACGUCCAGCGGGACAACGUCGUCGUCCGCCAGAAGGACGACACGCGUCUAACCAACCGUCCAGGAAACGGAACCAGCACCGGUAACGUCACGUUGUCGUCACGUCACGACGUCGAAAGGACGGGGCACCAACCACCGAUACGUCGUCCUCACCUGUGCCACGAUGCUCGCGACGAUGGACAACGCUGGCAGACGUUGCAGACGAGAGUAGACCCGCCGGCGACGAACGUACGGUCGAGAGGGUCGCGCGUGGCCGCGCGCGCUUUUUAGAACCCGUGUGGAAAAGGCCGAAGAGAAAAGAGGAGAGGAAGAUCCGGAGGAAAGGCCGGAAGUGUGCGCGAGGGCGAAGCGAAGCGUGUUACGACGACGACGACGACGACGACGACGAAGACAACGAUAGUCGUCAAUCGGCGAGGCGGCUGUUGCCCGCGUACGUCUUGCCACGCACUUGUUUUGUUUCUUUCCUUCUUCCUCUUCUUCUUUUUUUUUCUCUCUCGCCCCCCUCCACCCUCCUUUAUUUCGGUUUUGUUUCCGAAAGUUUGUCGAGGAGAAGGCGAAGACAGAAGUGCGGCGGGGAAGGUGAGAAUGAGAGGUGAACGACAGGAGACGAUGGGAUCGUUCGAAACGUGUACGACUUGUGAUAGCAACGUGUGACUGUUGGAUAAAGGCGCGACCGUACCUGACCACGACCACACGACACUCUUCGUUUGACAGGGAGUGAUAAAACGCGCCUGCACGAGGUGAAACACUCUCGGCUGCGAGAGAAACGUCUCGAAGUGGGAAUAUCCACCUGAGUGGAAUCGCGGGCGACGGUGCCGGCCGCGAGCAAGCCAGUGUUUCUCGCUUUGGCACCUGUGCACCUUGGCACCCACGUUAGUCAGUUACUCGACGGUUAACCAUCGUCGUCGUUAGCAUCUGUUGUCGUUCGCCGUCUGAUCGAUCCGCUUUCUGUUUCGUUCCGUUUCGCGGAAUCGUCCGUGUGAAACCGUUUGUAUGUGCGCCGCGACGUGUGCCGUCUCACGCGAACGCGCCGCGCUCAACGCCAGUCGAGGGACACGAUGAGGACGAACGUUAUUAGUUGACGAAGAAGUGCGUCCCGGCCGACUGUCAGUUCCGUCAGUUCGUCGUCGCGGCCAGGUGCACCAGCAGACGAUCCACGGAGAACGGAAAGCAGAGAGAGAGAGAGAAGCAGAGAUCGCGGAUCAAAUUGAAUUAAACGGGGAGUGUGGAGGAAUUAAAAAGGGGGGAGAAAGGGGUGAAAUUCUGAAACUGGGGGGGUUCACCGGGAUUCGAAGGGCCCCGAUCGCGGUGGUGGUAUAGAUUCGUGGAAGAAGAACGUUUCGAGGGAAGGAAGUGGAAAAAGUCGUUGGUGGUGUCGUGGAAACAGGUGAAACGUCGGAUGGACUCGUUUGAACGAAGCAACACCGCGGGGCGGAGGUGAGGGGGAGGAGGGCGAAAACGCGUCGACGAAUUUGCUUUGAUCCCGAGCGCGAAGGGCACCUACACUCUACGUGGUCCUCGCCUCCCCCUUUUCUUCAUCGACCCCUCCCCCCCUCUCACUCGCGCGCGCUCUCUCUCUCUCUCUCUCUAAACAGAAAAGAAGUGCCGAGAAGAAGAUCCGUUUGUAAUCAACAAUCACGGAAGGAAGUGCGUGGAAGAUUCGUGCGUGGAAGAUUCGCGUAGGGAUUUGGGGACGCUGGCGAGAAAGUUCCGAGCGAGAGGGGAGAGAAUUUCGACCGCGGAAACUACCAUCCGUCCUGGACGUUCGAAGGGAAUCCGUUGAUCCGAGGCAGAAAUCGUGCGACGCGCCACGAAGAUCGACGAAGAACGUCACCAUGAGGAUCAAAAUGCCCGCGGUCAGGAUCGCGCAAGCGGAAACCUCGCAAGGCACCACAUCCCCAGACACCGUCCAAUGCGGGGCAUGCAGGGUGUCGUACCCCCUUGGCGAGAUCGUGCGGUUCAUCGAGCACAAGGUGAACCACUGUCGCAGCACUCUACAGGGCUGUCACAGUCCACCGGCGACCGCAGCUCCGGAGGAUUCCGACCCGGAGGACGCGCUCGCCUUAAAGACGGUCGACCAGGACUCCAAGUUGAACUCGGUGCCGAGCAUCUCGGCGCCCAUCAACAAGAGGGGGGGAGGCAGGCUGGAGAGCCCUCCGACGCCCCAGGGCUCCGGCCCCGAUAGCGGAAGCCCGAUCGAGCUGAAGGCGAGCGCCAGCUCGACGCCCAAGAGACGGACAGAAGCCUCUGACGAGGACAAGGAGGACCUGCCGAAAAAACAGAAGACCGAAUCUGUCGACGCGGAUACUAACACAGUGAAUUCUGAACCUAGAUGGUUGCAGUGUUCGCAGUGUUCCAGAAGAUUGUCCUCCGCGUGGGAGUUGCUGCAGCACGUGCAGAGCAUCCACGGCGCCCGUCUCUACACCUCGCCGUCGUCGUCGACCAACUCCUCGUCGAACACGCCGGCGCCGAGCCCUCCGACGCCAACGCCCACGCACACGCAUCACCUGAGCCCGCCGAACCACCUGAACCUGAGCGGCAAGUCCACCGGGAGCUCGUCCGCGGGCAACUCCUCCGGUGGCACCAACUCCAGCGGCAGCAGCGGUGGCCGGCAGCAACUUCAGUCAUCGGCGUCCCUCGUCGGCGACCCGCUUCACAGUUUCCUAAGGCUACCUCAGCACCUCGAGCGAAGCUUCCCGCCGAUGUUUAGGCCGGACUUUCUCGCCCUGAAUCCGCUGGCCGGGUACAGAGGACUUCAAGAGCUGCAGACCGCCACGAGGAAUCUGCAAAACCUCGGCGACCCGCUGCGAGGCAUGGACGGUUUGAACCUCGGCGACCCGCUGGUACGCAGUUCGUUGGACUCGUUGAACAACGCCCGGAACCUGGCGAACCUGGCCGAGCUGUCACACGGCCGCGGUCUCGCCGGUCAGGCGCAUCCACCGCCACUCGAGGCCAAUCUGGAUUUUUACUCGGCGCGCCUAAGGAGCCUCGCUAAUCCGUCCUUAGGCGCGGCUCCACCUAGUAAUAGCGGUAACACAACCACGAAUUCUAACCCACCCGCCCCGGUGGUACCGUCAGUACCGCCUGUACCGAACACCGUCCAGCAGCAGCAGCAGCAGCAACAGCAACAACAACAACAACAACAACACCAGCCGCAGCAGCAGCAACAACAACAACAACAACAGCAGCAGCAACAGCCACAACAGCAACAGCCACCGACGCAAAAUCACAAUCAGCCGGUCGAACCACCCAGCCCGGCGCCCAACAACACCGCUAUCCUCAGCCACAGCAAUCAUCAGAAGGAGAACUCGCCGCCGUGCUACAGCCAGAGCCCAGUCGGCCAUCACAACAACAACAACUCGACCGACAGCGAGAAGACCAGCCCGCCAGUCGCCUCGACGCCAAUCAUCACGGACUCCGUCACGGAAACGAUCUACUCGUGCGAGGUCUGCGACAAGAAGUUCCGUUUCCAAUCGAACCUCAUCGUCCAUCGGAGGAGCCACCGGGACAAGGAGAGGCAGUAUCAGCAGGACGGGACGCAGGACGGUCAAACGACGCCGACCAGGUGCGAGGUCUGCGAGAUGGAGGUGCCGAGCUUCGCGGAACUGAGGAAGCACAUGAGAACGGAGCAUCAGGAGAAUUUGAACGCGGCCAGUCCUCCGGGUAGCGUGGAGACCGUGCCGGACGACGGUUCCAGCUGCGACGAGAACAUGGACCUCGACGAGGCGGACGAGAACGAGCAGAAAGGCGAGAGGGAGGACACCGAGGAGAACACGCCGGAGGAUCUGAGCACCACUCAGGGCCAGAGCGGGGAGGAGAGCGGCGGGCGAGUGGAACAGAAGCCGGCCAGCCUGGUCGGCGAUCUGAUGGAAAAGUUCGGGUUGAGCAACAUCGCGCAGUACUCGGAGGCGUACAGGCAAGCACUGCAGGAGAAUCAUCGGGGCGGUUUCAUCAAGACCGAGUCGCCGUCCAACCUGACCAACUCGUUGAACAACAACAAGGAGAAGGACAGCGCGCUCUCGCCGACCAACUUCAAUUCCACCACCACGCCAAAUAUCUUCUCCGGGCAGGGUUUCCCGAGGUCCGCCGGGCCGGACUUUGGCGGCCUCUGGUUACCGAGCCCCCACUACCUGGAGAACAACGAGUUUCGCAAAGCGACCAAGGCCACCACGUCGAGCCUGGCGCUGCAGGGAUUGCCGAGCCCGCUGCUGAAGAAGGAGCGAAGCGGCCGGAACGACACGUGCGAGUUUUGCGGCAAGGUGUUCAAGAAUUGCUCGAACCUGACGGUCCACAGGCGAUCGCACACCGGUGAGAAGCCGUACAAAUGUGAACUGUGCUCGUACGCGUGCGCCCAGAGCUCGAAGCUGACCAGGCACAUGAAGACCCACGGCAGACACGGCAAGGACACGUACAAGUGCCGUUUCUGCGAGAUGCCGUUCUCCGUGCCGAGCACGCUCGAGAAGCACAUGAGGAAGUGCGUGGUUGUGGUGCAGCAAGGCCCGAAGCUAGGCAUGCCGUAUCCCGGUAGCCAGGACGAGGACUCUUCUCUGAGUACCAAGGACACUUGAUCUUGGAACGGAAGCCUACCGCCGAUCCCGCCACUGUGGCCGCACAGGCCACCUUACCCGGUCUACUGAAGAGGGGAUCUUCUUCCUCGAUAAGAGAGAGAGAGAGAGAGAGAGAGAGAGAGAGAGAGAGAGAGAGAGAACCCCUCAUCAACAGCGUUCACGAUAAUCGUGUCCGACGAUUAGGAACGUAUCACGAGUAAUGUACGACGUAAUUAUGUACAGAGCGAGCCAGAUGGUGUGUGCUGCGUUUAUUUCUAGACUUUAAGCAUUGCUCCUAUGUAAAAUGUAUCAUAGUAUUUUUACUAUGUAUUAUUAUUAUUAUUAUUAUUAUUAUUAUUAUUAUCUACGUUUCUAUUAUUGCUUAUUAUUAAUAUUAUUAUUGUCAUUAUUAACAUUAUUAUUGCUAUUAUUAUUGUCAUUAUUAUUAUUAUUAUUAUUAUUAUUAUUAUUAUUAUUAUUAUUAUUAUUAUUAUUAUUAUUAUUCAUUGCCACUAUUAUUAUUAUACGCGGUUACAAGCGACUGUAAGCGCCGUCUUCAUUAUUUUAUCCCCGCUAAUUAUUAAAUUAUUAUCGGAGAUGAUGUUUUACGUGGUGGUUAAAGAAGAUGCCAAAGUUGUUUAGGUUUAUCGCCGCUAUAUUAUGAUAGGCGUCGGCCAGGAGGGGGGGGGGGCGGAGAGAGGGGGAUGUUCGUCGAAACGGUUCUCUUCUCGAAACUCUUUGUUUCUCUUCACGCGCAAUUCAAAACGAAUAUCGCGGGCGUUCUAAUCAACGUUCGACGGACCAGUCACGAAAAUUUGUCUUGCUUUCGUCGCGAUCUGGAAAAUCGGGAGAACGAAGGGAAAUAAAUUUCGGCAAGUGGAACGUGUGGUUGGGCUCGCGUGAACAUCGUUCUUGGAGAGAUCGUCGACGAACGUUUCCCGCGGCUAUCAUUAUAGCGCGCGUUUUGUUCGUUGGUUGUAUUUAUUAUAGCCGUCGCGGCUGAUCGGAUCGCGCGCGGCUUUCGCCGGAUCGAGACCGCGGACUUCGUCGAUCCUACGAAAAUCGUCGCGUCCAAACGACGGCCAGUUAACUGAUUAUCAUUUUUCCAUUCCCUGCUUCCUUUUUUUUUCGUUGGUGAAAGCCGAAGACUGAGGUAUUUGUAUCGUAUUCGCGCGAUCGCUGCCGAUCGACUUUCCUUUCCUUCGACGAGGUUCCGUUGAACCUGUACCGCGCGUGCUUUCACGGUUUUCGUUUCAUCCCCUUUCGUUCGUUCCUUCUGUUCUCGGUUUCGACGUUUUUUAACCCGCAAAACGUCUCGUUGUAUCGCGUUUUCGAAGGGGACUGUUCCUAAAUAAAAAAAAAAAAAUGAAAAAAAAAGAAAAAAAAAAAGAAAAGAAGAGACGACCUAGGCAAUAAGGAUAAAGAGUAACUGGAAUAUGUAGUACGAGCGUGUGUGUCUCUUGACAUUUUGCGUGCGCGUGAGAUCGUUGCAACUGUACGUGUGCGUUGAGAAAGGAAGAAUCGAACGAGAUCGUUUCGUCGAUUUUUCCCUCCUCCCCCACCCCCCGCACACACCCCUCCCCCAGCGCGUUAUGUAUCAUGUGCGAAUGAGUGCGAGUAAUAAAGGGAUCUAAGACAAAAAAGGGAUUUAAAAAAAAAAAAACUCAUAUCAAGAUAGUUGUCUCGGUGUUAGACGUGUACGGCCCUAGGUAAAAAAGGCAAAAACGAUAAACGAAAAGAAAAA